UCUCGAAAUCUGAGGAAAAAAAAAAAAAAACAGAGAAAGAAAAGGAAAAAGAUGCAAUCAUAGAAAGAACAGUUAAAGCGCGAAAAGAGAGAAGAAGAAGAAGAAAGGAGGGCCCCAUCAAAUCUCAUUCAAGAAGAAGCUUUUUAUUCUGCAACAGGAAUAAAAUGAAGAAGAGGUUGGAGAACCAGGCACAUCCAAAUCACGCAAUUGCAUGCUUCCCGAAUUGUGUUCUUCCCCAUCUCCUGAUCUCUUGUCAAGUUCCAUUUUGAAAUCAUGUUGUUGAUCUGGGUUUUGGUUAUUGAGUUCUGAGUAGGGAUACUGUUAUUGGUUUGUCUAUUGGAUUUUUAUCGGGUGAAUUUUGAGGAGAAUAUAGUGGAGAUCUUCCCUGACGGUGGCAACAAUGUCAAGUUUCGUGGGAGUUUUUGUCUCCGAUCAAUGGCUUCAGAGCCAAUUUACUCAGGUUGAGCUUCGCAGCCUUAAAUCAAAUUUUAUUUCUAUGAGGAGCCAGACGGGUCAUGUUACCGUUGGAGAUUUACCACCCGUAAUGGCGAAACUUAAGGCUCUUAGAGAGAAAAUUAGCGAGGAAGAGAUCGGAAAGAUUUUGGGUGAGUCAUAUCCAAACACAACCGAUGAGGUCGAUUUCGAAGCCUUUCUUCGGGCAUAUUUGAAUCUGCAAGCCCGUGCAACUGCCAAAAUGGGCGACUCGAAGAACUCAUCUGCAUUCUUGAAGGCCACUACAACCACCCUUCUGCACACAAUCAGCGAAUCAGAGAAGGCGUCUUAUGUCGCCCAUAUCAACAGUUACCUUGGAGAUGACCCCUUUCUAAACAAAUAUCUUCCUUUAGAUCCAGCUACAAAUGAUCUUUUCGAACUUGCAAAAGAUGGGGUUCUUCUCUGCAAACUAAUCAAUGUUGCCGUUCCUGGAACAAUCGAUGAAAGAGCAAUCAACACCAAAAGAAUACUCAACCCGUGGGAAAGGAAUGAGAACCACACCCUUUGCCUCAACUCCGCAAAGGCUAUCGGGUGCACUGUAGUUAACAUUGGAACACAGGACUUGGUUGAAGGGAGGUCUCAUUUGUUACUCGGGUUGAUUUCUCAAAUUAUAAAGAUACAACUGUUAGCGGAUCUUAACUUAAAGAAGACACCUCAACUGGUUGAGUUGGUUGAUAACAGCCAGGAGGUGGAGGAGCUCUUGGUUUUGUCUCCAGAAAAGAUCUUGCUACGUUGGAUGAAUUUCCAUCUCCAGAAAGCAGGCUACAAGAAAACCGUCACAAAUUUUACUUCUGAUGUGAAGGACGGAGAGGCUUACGCUUACCUGCUCAAUGUUCUCGCGCCAGAACAUUGUAGCCCAGCUACACUGGACACUAAGGAUCCUACUCAAAGGGCGAACAUGAUACUCGAACAUGCAGAGAGAAUGGAUUGCAAAAGAUACAUUACUCCAAAAGACAUCGUUGAAGGCUCGGCAAAUCUGAAUCUGGCAUUUGUUGCGCACAUAUUCCAUCAUAGGAAUGGUCUGUCAGCCGACUCCAGCAAGAUGUCCUUCGCUGAGAUGAUGACAGAUGAUGUGCAAGUGUCUAGAGAAGAGAGAGCCUUCCGAUUAUGGAUCAACAGUCUCGGAGUCUCUACAUAUGUCAAUAACGUGUUUGAGGAUGUGAGGAACGGAUGGGUCCUUUUGGAAGUGCUCGACAAAGCAUCUCCCGGGUCAGUUAAGUGGAAACAGGCAACAAAGCCUCCCAUUAAGAUGCCAUUUAGGAAAGUAGAAAAUUGCAACCAGGUUAUAAGGAUUGGAAAAGAACUGAAUUUCUCCCUUGUUAAUGUGGCUGGGAAUGAUAUCGUACAAGGAAAUAAGAAGCUCAUACUCGCAUUUCUAUGGCAGCUAAUGAGGUUCAAUAUACUUCAACUCCUGAAAAAUUUGAGCUCGUCUCAUGGAAAAGAGAUGACAGACACUGACAUCCAAAAUUGGGCGAAUACCAAAGUGAGGAGUGCAGGAAGAAAAACUCAAAUGGAAAGUUUCAAGGAUAAGAACCUAUCCAACGGGAUAUUUUUCCUCGAGCUUCUUAGUGUUGUAGAGCCGAGGGUUGUCAACUGGAACCUUGUUACCAAGGGUGAAACCGAUGAUGAAAAGAAGCUGAAUGCUACAUACAUAAUAAGUGUUGCUCGGAAGCUCGGGUGUUCCAUUUUCUUGUUGCCUGAGGACAUCAUGGAGGUAAACCAGAAGAUGAUCCUCACUCUAACGGCCAGCAUCAUGUAUUGGAAACUUCAGCAACCAGUGGAAGAGUCAGAGUCAUCAGCCGAAGCAACCGCAUCACUUCCAAUUGAACCCUCUGUGGACGGCGAAGAUGGAAGCAUUGCGGAUGAUGUUUCGAACCUGACCCUUAAUAAGGCUGCUUCAGACGCCUCUUCACAGGUCGAAAAUGGGGAUGCUUCUGUUGAGUAAUGACUGUGAAUAAUCCCCCCUUCUUUUCCCUUCUUCCAUUUCAUAGUAUAGAAAGAUAGGUUUGCUAUUUCUACGGACACCUGCUGCAUCAAAGCCACAUAUUGAGCGGGCCCUGUGUUGCACAUGCUGUUGCCGAAAAUCCAGUCAGUCCAUUUAUUAGGUGGCCAUUAAAUGUAUUUUGAACACAACCAUCCAUUCUCUCUGUACAUGCAUUGGCCACAUGAUGAUUGGGCCACACUGAUUUUUGGGUCCGGGCAUUGCACAGCUUGGAUGUGGCACACAUGCCACGCUAGCAUGUGAAGUGGGCUACAUUGAGGUUGGCAUGCAGGAUUAGCGAGUGUUAGAAAAGGAUAGAAAAUGGCAGCAAAAGCAAUCGACAGUCCGGCAGUUGCAGUUUUAUCGCUGUUAAGCAAGGAGCUAUGGCGGGCAACGGCUGUGAUCAUCUUAAAAAUGCUCAUCUCCAAAUGAGAAAUCUUGUAAUCCAUCAAACUUUUCAUUUGAGAAG